UUGCUUUCCGUUUGGUGCCGCAGUGUACCGCAGGCGCCUCGUGUGCACGGUCGCGAUCGCAGCGCCUCAGAGCAGACGCCAAGACUGAGGUGCUCAGAGCCGAGCUCUGAGUCGAGCUCGUAGCCUCACGAUGUCUGAGAUGUCUGAGGAGCAGGAUUAUAUUAUUGUAACUAUUGAAGACAGUGACAAUGAGGAGGAGGAGGGUGAUGAUGAUGAUGACGAUAUAAUAGAAGAUUCUGAGGAAGAAGAGGACUAUGACGACGAGGACGAGGAUGAGGACGAGGACGAGGACGGGGAUGAGGACGAGACUUCCGAUGAUGACAUACUGGCCAUAGAACCAGAUUUUCAAGAAGCUGCAGGUUUAUCCGUGCUGGAUAAACAGAUGAACCAUCCAGAAAAUUUAAAAAGAUUCAGCCCCAUCUCAGGGGAAGUGGAUUUUGCCCCAUCUUACAAAAGAGGACGAUCAUCUAGUCCAAGGGAGAAUUAUAUGGGUUUGCAAGAACUUAUUAAAAACAUGAGUUGGCAGAUUAACCACCUUUGUGGAAUUAUUUCAAAUAUGCAACGUUGCUGGAAUGAGAGAACAUUGUCACUGAAUCGUAGAGCUUGUACCCCACCUCUCCCAGUGGAAAGACAGGAGACCUACAACUGCAUCAAUCCUAUGGGAGCACUUCAGCCCCUGGCGCCCCCCGAGCUGCAGCAGCCCAUGCUCAGGGAGAGCCCACCACUUCCCAGGGUUGUCGCCACGCAUUCCCUAGAGCCGUGUCUCCCAGACCCACUUCCUGGUCUGGGUUCUCUGCCUUGCUUUUUCAAUGAAGGUGCUGAAAAUAGCAGCAGUGCCAUCUCGUCUGCACAAGCUUCUGUAGUCAUGUCUACUGCACUUGCGUCGCAAGAAGAACCCAGCUUGGCAAGCACCCCUGAAAUGAUGAAUUGCUCAGAACUCCUGGAAAAUAACAGCAUGAACCCAGACACUGGCUCCUCAUCUCACUUCAUCCUUUCCAACUUUGAAACACCAAGAAAUCCAGAAACCAGCCUUGAAAACAACAUUAAGGCAAUAUAUUAUCCGACUGUGAUGGCAAACAACUGUGGUCAAGACAUUGCUUCUUUUCCUGUCUUUCUCCUGCCCAAUUUUGAUUCUUCCAUAUCUUCAAUGCAAAGUGACCAACAUGCCUCUUCUUCACCUGUUUGCCUUCCACCCAAUUUUGUGGUUGAAAAAUUAAUACUUAUUGAAAUACCGGGAAAUGUGGAAAACAACUCUCAGACAACGCAUUUCCCAGCUUUGUUGGGAAAUAUCAGUGGACCAAAUACUGACAUUUCAUCGCUCUCCAUUCCACCCAAUUUUGCUCUUGAAAAAGUUCUAGUUAUAGAAACACCAGAAAAAGCAGAAACCAGUCUGGAAAACAACUCUCAGACAAUGCAUUACCCAAAUGUGUCUGUAAAUGGCAGUGGCCCAGAUACUGCCUCUUCUUCUCACUGCACUCCUCCCAAUUUUGAAUCCAGACCAGAAAUGAAUUCUGAGACAACUGUGAUGGAAGGUAACAGUGACCAAGAUGCUGAUUUACAGUCUGUCUUCUUCAAUCCCAAUUUGGCAUUUUUGCCUCUAGAAAUAGUGGUAAAUGCAGAAAACAACAUGGAAAAUCAUUCUGAAACAGUGAAUUACUCAACUGUAUUGGAAAAUGACAUUUAUCUUGGAGAUCCAAGAAGAAAUAUCAGGAUACUUGACACUCAUCUGAUGAUUGCACAAAGGAAGGCCAGACCUAAACUGGCAGCCUGCUAUUUGGCUCGUGUUUUGUUCUCCAAGGAAGUCCUGAUGUGCAGCUCAUUUCAUGAAUACUUUCUACUAUUUGCAGAAUAUCUGACAACAGUUUUUCCCAAACAUGAUUUGGGAGAAUGUGGAAAAGACUGGAAAGCCUGUGUUUCUGAUAUCAAUGCUCUGAUCCACUCUUCAUGUUCUGACGCCAAAAGAAUGCUAGUGAAAACUGCUGAGGACAAUAAAGGCCCUACCAAACCAAUGUCUUCAGAUUUGAAUGAUAAAAGAGAUGAUGGGGCAAGCAGUUCCCAGUGUCCUCAACUGUCAGCUGCCUCAGGAAUGAGAGACAAUGGGAAUUUUCAGCCACAUAGCAGUGCUUUCCCUGAAGGAACUGAGGAAACUUCCAUUGACAAUUCACAAGAAGAUUUUGAUCCACUGGAUUAUAUAGGAAGGAGAUUUAGAAAUAUACAGUUGCCACGUUCAGUCCUGAAAAUUGCGAGAGGGAAAUCUCGCCCAGAGCUGUCAGCCAGAUACCUUAUUCGCAAGCUGUUCCCGGAGGAUGUCCUGAUAAAAAGUAACGUCUAUGGCAACCUGGAGCAUGGCAUGUGUGCCCUUAACUCCAACAGGAUCAGCGCUCUCCGAGAAUUUCUGCAAGACGUCUAUCCAACUUGCGAUCUCUCAGAAGGUGGAUGUGAUUGGAAGGUGUGUGUGACAGCUAUCAAUAGCUGCCUCCGUAGCCUGAGAUACUCCUUCAGGAGAUCCAUGUCCAAAUCACAGCCAGUUCCAGCAACGGCCUCUUCAACAGAGCCCAAGCCAAGAGAUGAUGACUCCGCUGACAGAAGCACCUGAAUGCCAGCCAUCCAACUUUUGUUUUUGUAUCUGUUACAUUUUCCUGUAAGUUUCUCAAGUUAUAAUUCCAAAAAUAGCCAUUAUAAUUCCAAAAUUAGCCUGCUGUAGUGUAGUUUUGCAUUCAUGCUUGAAGAGAUACCCAAUGUUCCUUUUCUGUCCAGAGUGGAGGCAGAAUUGCAUUAGGAAGACAUGUAACGUUUUACUCAUUAGCGAGGUGGUGGGUAGUAUUCUGAUAGGAACUUCUGAUUAAAGGAAUGGUAGAAGAUUCAGAGUUGUUUUCUUAGCUGUUUUAGUGUAGAAUGAGAAUAGCACAUUUAACUCUUAGCAAUAGAUGAAAGCUGAGUGGCAUUGAAACAAUCUAGGUAGUAGGUAGAGAACCAUAGUUGAAAGGAAAACCAUAUUGCUGAGCAUGCGCACAUCAGGGAGUAGACUUUUAGUAUUCGUCAAGUGAACUAUCCCGGCAGGGCUAAGGCCUAAACCCUGGUGACUCAGAAGGGAAGGAGGUUCACAUAUAACCACAACACCUGUUGUCAUCCAUCAGUAGAGGGUUUAUAAGAUUGACAAUCACAUUAGUUGACAUAAGCUUUUCAGAGAUAAGACCUAUGUCUUUCUGACUUACUCCUGAUGAGAAUAACAUUCUUUAAAUCACCUCCUGAUAAUACUCCGCCACAGAAGUUUGCUAAGAGUCAACAUAGAAGGAUCUUACCAGGGGACUUUUGAGUCCCUUCAAGUAUUUCAACUAAGAAUACACUAUAAUUUAAAAGAAUCUGACUAGAUUCAGAUGGUAACUUUUUUUUUUUGUUUCUGAAACAUUUGGGUGAAAAUUUUUAUACAUUUACUGUGUCUUUCUGACCGGUUCUGCUAUUGAAAUGCAUACUAAUUUAAGUCUUACAGUGCUUAAUGAAAAUAAUACUGAAAUUCAAUUAGGAAAAAAAGUAAUUUUAAAGGAUAUAGGCAGGAUUAUUGGAAAACUAAAAAAUAAUUCCAGUUUGCUCAUGGAUUGGAUUUUAUUUUAAAUAUAAGCACUUAAAUUUAAAUUCUAUUUUUAAGCACUUUGUUUUAAAGAAAGUUCUUGAAUGUUUCAGCUAUAGAAAAUAUAUUUUUAAGUACUUUGCUUUAAAGAAAGUUCUUAAAUGUUUCAGCUAUAGAAAAUAUAUUUUUUUUUUAUUUUUAAGCACUUUGUUUUAAAGAAAGCCUUGAUUAUUUCAGAUAUAGAAAAUACUAUAUAAUUUUAUUUGAUCAAUUUUGUUUAGAAAACAGUUUGUCAGUUAUAAUAUAACAUAGUCUUUAAGCUUUUAGCCUAUUGAAGAGUUCUCAAUUACCUUCAAAAUGCUAUAAAAUUUUGUUAUUAUUCAAAAAAUUAUUGUUUAAAUAACAUCAGUUAUCUAAGACAAGGCCAGCUCUAUGUCACAGCAAAGAGGAAAUUCAACAAAGUAGGUUAGGCAAACAAUUAAUUUGUGUGAAAGUGGACAAGUUCUUAUUAUUUUUGUGACUUGUGAGAAUUUAAAAUGGUUUCAUAUGACUAAUUUUUAGAAUAUUUUCAUAUGACACAAAUUUUGAAAAUUAAAUUCACCUUUUUUAAUAUUUUGGUGAAAGUAUAAUUAGUUUUAUAAAGAUAGGACAUAAGAUUUAGUUUUUCAGUCUGUUCUCUAAAUAAAUUGCUGUUAGUUGCCUUUAGCUUAAUAAAACUUUAGUAUUUCUACAUAGAUCUUCAUAUAGUUAGGUGAUGCCUACAAUGGUCUUAAAAAGUAGAUAAUUGAAGCCAAAAACAUCGUUCAUAGAUGGCAAAAGAGUUUUGACCAGAGGAAUUCAUCUAAGAUAAUCUUUGGCUUUACCAUUAAAUUUCACACAUUGUACAAAUUACUGGUAAUAGAACUAAUUUGGAAAAGUAAAACUGUAUCCUAGGCAAGAUUAAAUUUCAAAUUGUAUAUGCAGAUUUCAAAUUUGACUUGUAUUUUGUGGCAUCUGAAAUAUUUCUGGUAUUAGAAGCAAAGUUACAAAAUCAAAAACUUUAUUUACACAUUUUUCCCCAAGAUUUAUAUGGUUAACUUUAUAAUGGUAGUUGCUUAUAUAAGGUAUCAGAACAACCCUGUCCAAUAGAACUCUCCAUUAUGAUGGUGAUGUUUCGUAUAUUGCCCCAUAUGGUAGUCUUUUCAUGUGGCUUUUCAACACUUGGCUAAUUAGAUAGAGGAACUAAAUUGCAAAUUUUAUCUUACUAAUUUUUAAGGCUUUUUUUAAUUUUCAAAUUUUAUCUUAUUUUAACCAAUUCGAAUGUAAGUAGCCACAUGUGGACAGUGGCUACUCUAUUAGAUAGUACAGUACAGAAUGCCCUUAAAAAAUUGUUUAAAAUGGGUCCCAUAUUUGAAUUGUACUAAAUUAUACAUAAUUUCUUUAAAAUUGCAUUGGGCAAAAUAAAUUUCAUGGAGGUACUUCAUAUUUUAUUUUAAACAAAAGUAAACCUUUUGUCUUCAAAAUUUCACAGAUUAAAUUUGUUAUUGUAUUACUCCAUUGUCAAACAUUUUACGCCCCUGACUCUAAGUCUUGUUUCUGAUACAUACAUUUGUUCUGAAUAUAUUUUAUUUUCCAAUAAAUAUGUUGAAUAAACAUUUAA